UGUUUUUUUUUAAAGAAUUGAUUCCAAAACAAAACCAGGAUUUAAUUGUAUCCUUGGAUUCUUGCAACACAAAGUGUCGCAUUUGCCGUUGUUGGUGUCUGUUUUUGUCGAGAAACUACCAAAAACUACCGUAAAGAUGUCAGCUUUUACAGAAAGUGCCCUUGUAAAAAAGCUUCUAGAACUGAAUGCUAGUCAACAGAGCAUCCAAACGGUAUCAUUGUGGGUGAUUCAUCAUCGCCGGCACUACAAAACGAUUGUUGCGGUGUGGUUACGCGAAAUGCGAAAAGUUAAUCAGAGCAAAAAGCUGACUUUCAUGUAUUUAGCCAACGAUGUCAUUCAGAACAGCAAGAAAAAGGGCCCCGAAUACGGAAAAGAGUUUGCCGUCACACUAAAAGACGCCUUCGCGCAUGUCGCCGAGUCCUGCAAAGGCGAAGACAUCUUCAAUCGACUCGAUCGAAUUCUUAGCAUAUGGGAGGAACGUGGUGUCUACGAAAGCAAACAAAUCAAGGAAUGGUUCAAUGCUUUACAUUCCAUCUCGGGAUCGGGAAGUGCAUCUGCGACACCCGCUUUCGAUGCCGCCAAGAAACGCAAGCACGACGACCACCCACCAAAGGUACAAGAAACGCCAGAGAAAAAGCCGAAAAGCAGCAAAACUGAAACCGUUGAGGUAAACGGCACCGUUGAGACACACAUAACCCUCAGUCCUCAGGUAACGCAGGAAUGUGACCCGCCAGAGCCCGAAGUGCUCAUCAAAUUCCUGCAAAACCUCGAAAACUCGGCAUCAAGUGAUGCGGCGGUGCGAGAAAAAAUUGCCAAUUUACCGCCCGAAGUCUCGGAGAUGUCACUCCUGCAAAAGCUGACAGACAAAGAGGCAGCCAUCAAGUUAGCGGUGCAAGUUAAUGACGCCAUUACGCUGCUGAAUGAGUACAAUGCACGUUUGGCCGACGAAAUGGUCGAACGGAAAAAAUUGACGACCAUGCUGAAGGACUUUCAGACCGAACAGGCAGAAUUGCUAGCGCAUGCUGAACAAAGAUUAGAGGAAUACAAGGAAAAAUUGAAAAAAGUGAAAGACGUUCAGAAGGAAGUUCACAAUCAACUAAAAAAUUUGCCAGAAAUCCCCUCGCUAUCGGCUCCAGAGCUACCUAGUGCUGGAGAUCUGUUCAGGCAGGUCACUUAAGUACGAAAAAUCUGAUUUUUAACUAAAGAGACCGUCGAAAAAAGACAAUUAGGGUCAAUUUUGACAAAUUUUUGUUAAAUAUUAUACGAUAAAAUACAUACAAAGAAAUAUGUAAGUGAAUCAUAGAUCACAAGUAAUUUAAAGAAACACAAAAAAUCCACAAUGAAACUAUUUCACGAGAAUUUACGCUGCAACCAGACACAAUUGUUUGAAAUAAAGGCAAUUCUCUUAUUUUCAAAA